AUGAUGAAAUCGGCAGCACUUCUUUGUCUUCUACUUACGCAGGGUGCGAUCGCCCACUAUGUGUUUCCGAUAUUGAUUGUCAACGGGACACAAAGUGCACGAUGGCAAUAUGUUAGGGACGUUGCGAAUAUCAGUUCUUAUGCCCCUCCUCACGAGGAAGAUGCGAAGAUGGAACCGCAAUAUCCUAAAUUCGACGACAAACACGAGGUCGAUGUCCGCUGCGGUCGCUCGGCACAAAACUCAGCCAAUGGAACAGAGACUGCAACCAUUGUCGCAGGUUCAGAUGUCGCAUUCCAGGUCAAAUCUCUUCAUGUUGACGAUAAUUCCGUUAAUCACAUCUUCCACGAAGGGCCUGGUAGUGUAUACAUGGCCAAGUCAGACGACCUCGAAAACGAUGUUGGUGAUGGCGACUGGUUCCGAAUUUCUUACGAAGGGCUUAUAGACGACAAAAUCUGGGAAGUUGAAUGGAAGGAGUUUGUGAACUUCACUAUUCCAUCGACCACACCCCCCGGAACGUAUCUGCUUCGCAUGGAACAAUUUUGGCCUUGGGGCAAUAAAGAUAGGUCCCAGUGGUACGUGAACUGCGCUCAUGUGAACAUUGUGGGUAGUGGUGGAGGAACCCCAGGCCCAACUAUCAAGAUUCCUGAAGCAUAUCAUGCGACAGAUCCUGGGAUUCUUUUACCUACGAACAGUACCGGCUGGAUCACUGAAGGUUACAAGCCGGUUGGACCUCCUGUCUGGACCGGUUAG